UCAUAUUUCCGUUUCCGGUUUCUUCCCACAAAAACAGAGAAGUCAUUCUGCAACGUAGCAAGAGUUCUGGAAACCAGACCGGUUUUGUUUGUGUUUCGUGUUGGAUUUUCACUCGUGGCAGUGUGAGUCAUUUCGUAGGAGACUAAUGCACGAAAAUUUGGAAAGUUAGUCAAGGGAAUUAUGACAGGUUGCAGGCUUAUAAAAGAGACGUGUCGACUUGCAGGUGAAACGAUCGUUCUGUUGUAAGGGAUCUGUCAGCUGAUGAAAGCACAGUGCAGCAAAUUAUAUAUUACAACAAAACAGUGAAUAUUGUCGUACCCUUUCGUAUUAGCCUGCUCCAUUGCUACAGGUGUCUACCAGUGUUUCUAAGCAGAUAGGCAUUGCUGGCCAGCCAUGGAGGACUACAAGUUCCUGUUUAAGAUAGUGUUGAUAGGCAACGCAGGGGUUGGGAAGACUUGCCUCGUCAGACGUUUCACACAGGGCCUGUUCCCCCCUGGACAGGGAGCUACCAUUGGUGUAGACUUCAUGAUCAAGACAGUGGAUGUGGAUGGGGACAAGGUCAAGCUGCAGAUCUGGGACACGGCAGGUCAGGAGAGGUUCCGCUCCAUCACCCAGAGUUACUACAGAAGUGCCCACGCCCUCAUCCUGGUGUACGACGUCACGUCCAGGGAGACCUUCGACUGCCUGCCUGAGUGGUUGAAGGAGAUCGAGCAGUACGCUAACCAGCAGGUCAUCACUGUGCUAGUCGGAAACAAGAUCGACCUGACAUCACAAAGAGAAGUUCCACCAGAAACAGGUCUCCAGUUCGCACAGGCCAACAACAUGGCCUUCCUGGAGGCGUCAGCCAAGGAGGCGGAAAACGUAGAAACGGUCUUCAUGGACCUCGCCAGGGAGCUAACCAAAAACGCCCGCAAGUACCUGUUAAGGAACACACAAGAGGUGGACCCCAACAUCACCGAAAUCACAGGAGAGACCACUAAUAUCUCAUAUGGGGGCUGCUGUGGGUCUGGCUGAUAGGUCUGGUAGUUGUAAUUGUUGUUGUAUGAAUAUACAUUGGGUGCCUAUGUAUAAAAGGGAUUUGAAGUGAAAAUGAAGGUCCAAUACACAUGCCAGGACUGUGAGGGAUGAAAGCCAGCUCCUUGCUUAAAUACUCUUACAUGCAGUGAUACCUGUUGGAUCUACAGUCAAAACUGCCCAAGAUGAGCACUCAGGGACCUAUUAUCUAUGUGGACAAGUGGUCACUAUAGACAAGAGUUCUUUUGGAAAUAUCAUCUAAGGAACUGUCAAAAAGUGGUUACAUUGACCAAGACUUAGUGGCCAUGGUCCUUAUGUAGAGGUGGUCACUCGUACAGGUUUGACUGUAUAUCAUUGGACAGGUGGUCCUUGUGUACAGGUGUUCACUUGUACAGGUUUGACUGUAUAUCAAUGACCAGGUGGUCCUUAUGUAGAGGUAGUCACUUAUACAGGUUUGACUGUAAAUGAUGUGGGUUGAAAGCAAAACGAAGCUAGGGUUCGUUCGUCACAGUCACUGCAAGUGUACAGGACUCUUCUGUAUUCUGAUGUACGAUACUUGUACUUCAUCUGACAAGGAAGUCCUUGUUACAGGAUCUAGUAUGGUAGUGUACACUCAAGGUAGGAGAGGUGUAAUAUUGUCUGGUAGAAUUACAUUAUAGACCAGGGGGCCCACUGGUGGCAGGUCUGAAGCAAAUUGUCUUGACAAUAAUUGUUUUCAGACAGAUAGAACUUAUAGUUGCUGGAGCUGAUAAGGUUUGGGAGAAAGUAGUAACUGAUGUCCCAACACAUCACUGUAUUCUAUCGAAUCAUAGGGAAUUCUGAGUUUUAUCUUGUAAAAGUGUAUGAGUGGUGAUUAAGACCAACUACAUGUACAUCAUGUAUGUAUUUGAAAGUGGCCUACAGUCAAAAUGCCCAAGACCACUCAGGGGACCGAGAACAUCUGGUCACGUGGACAGGAUUCGUAAUGCUUGUGUCAAUGCGAAAAAUAUGGUCUAAUAUUAGUAAUAAGGGACCACCAAAAAGUGGUCACAUUGGCCAGGAGGUCCUUAUGUAGAGGUGGUCACUUAGUCUUAAGAUCAAUUCAGGGCUCAUUACAUGUAUCUGUGCUUACAUGAAACUACCACUAUCGUAAAUGGUAUGUAUAAAAGUGUAACCGCUCAACUUUACAGGUUUUCUUACCGAAGGCAUUUAUUAAUCCUUCCGAAUUUAACAAGACUACACUGAUAAUGGUAGUAUUGAACUAACACCAUAUACCACACAUGCAUAAAAGCAACAGUGCCAGACAAACCAAGUGGGAAGGAAAGACUAGUGAAAACAAUAAACCUCAUUUAGAUUGGGACUAUUGUAUCCAGAUGUGUGCCUAUCUAGUUCUAUGCCUGAAUCGGGUAGGAUCAGGCACGGUUCUGGAUAGUCUAUAUGUAUCCAAGAACAUAUCUUAGCCAUAGCCCCAGGCACGGUUCUGGAUAUGCAUAGACUAUCCAGAACCAGUUCUGGAUACAACAAAACAGUUUCUGAGGCAGCAUUGACUGUGCAUUGAGACUUCACCUCACAGAAGCUAUGAUCUAGUUUUUUUCUUUCUCGGACAUCCCAAACUGGAGUUAAGUUUUCAGCCUUCCAGGCAAAAUUGCCCAAGCCUGACACCAAAAAUAACAUGGACCUCACAGAGCACCCAAUUUCAGGUAAAAUUUUCAUCCAAACUUUCCUUUUUUAAAGAAAACCCUGUAACUGGUUGAAGUCUAAAUGUGGAUUAAGAAUAGGCCGGAAACCAGUCUUCGCUUUAGUCUGCUUCCAACGGUAGCAAGCAUUGGAAGUGGACUAAAGCUAACAAGACAGGAUUCCAGGCUAUAAGAAGGAACCUUCCCUCACAAAGCUGAUACUGGAACAUUUGAUUCUGAGUAUGGUCGGACCAAGAAUGUCUCUCAGGGCUGGAUGCAUUACUGUCUCGUUUACUUAGUCUAGUAGUUCUGUUAGAGUCAACAGUGUUCCAUUGAAUUUGACCAGUAGUUGUCAUGAAAUUUUCAUUGUAAGAGUUGAGAAGUUGGUGUACUGCGAGGUAGACAAUAAAUGAAAUUUUGACCAUACAAUUAUUAACUUUUCAAAUUACAGAGAAAUGCUUCAGUACAUUGUUGCAUUGUAAACACUCUUUAUGUCUUGCUGGUAAAAGCAUGCCAUUGUGCAUGUGAUGCUAUGGGCUGUUUCUAAAUGGUGCUGUUUACUGUACUGUCAGAUACUUUAAAGGUAGCAAAUGUGCUACAGAGAAUUUGCUGUAUUAUUUCAGCCAUGCUUGAAUAUACUGUAGCCCCAUCAGGCUUUGGAAGUGGCUGGAAAGAGUAGAAAUUGGGCAAAUAGACAGACAACAUGCCAGCUACUCUGCUAAAGAAGCGCAUGUACAUUUGCUGCACCUGAAUGUACUACUUUGGCGGAUCAACUUUCCUGGUAUGUUAUUUGGCCAAUUUGUAGCUGCGUCUGAAGCCUGGUAGUGGCUAGCUUAAUACAUUUCAGCUCAGCUGAGACAGUAUUACGUGCUUUGAAUUACUUUUGAAUGAUUCUAUCUGUAGUUGAACUCUAAGUAAAUGUAAGCUGGAAAACAAUUUAGACCUCAGCUCAGCUCCAAGUCAUGCAUCUUUUGCUCUGGCUCAAGUCUAAUGUACAUAAUAAGCUGUGUAUGAAUUGUACACAAUUGCAUAUCUAAGUUAUUCUGGCUAACGUAAGGUAUAUUUUGUGAUGUAGUAGCAUAUCUAUGCAGUGGGACUAGUUUCUGUGACUCUUUGUGGUGCUAAGUGGAGUGUAGAAUGCUGUCUUUCUGAUUUGCCAAAUGUGUAUGUAACAAAUUCCUUACAAUGUGUAUUCUUCGACUAGUAAAAUCCCACCUACAUGUAAACUCCCCUUGGAGCUGUAUGAAUUCUGCAUGUAAUCAAAGAGGUUUUAUGAAAUAGAUAGCACCUCUUUGAUGUAAUAGAAUUCCAGGACAAAACUGUCAAAGAAGACCACUCAGGGGACCAAGAAAAUCUGGUCAAUGUGGACAGGUGGUCACUAUAGACAGGAUUCUUCAUGCUUGUGUCAACGGGAAAAUUAUCUAAGGGAUCACCAGAAGUGGUCACAUUGGCCAGGUGGUCCUUGUGUAGAGUUGGUCACUUGUACAGGUUUGACUGUAAUUUUGGGCCACCUUUCAAAGCAGGUUGAAGAACUCUAAAAGUGUACAAGACAACAUUUUAGAACAUUUUAUGUUCAUUAAUCAGACGUGACUUAUGUUGUACUAUGGAGCUGAAGUUAUAUAACUUAUAUAUUAUAUGUUGUUAUUUGUUGAUGGCUCUUAAUAAUUUCAAAGGUACAUGUAAAGAGGGGGUGGACAAGAUUCAAGAUAUUGGAUGGGAAGGAUUUGUCAGACAUUCUGUUACAAUGUAUUUGUUAUAGAGUUGACAGGAUACUAAAAGGGUGUUUAUAUCAUGGACGUUGUGGUAUUAUAAAGUUAUGGACCUUCAUGGUCAAAGUUGUAACAAA